AUGGACGUAUCCACACAACUCCUAGACCGGGUGAUGAUAUUAUCAGUGCUUCGUCAACGAGGGCAGGGCAGCUGGACGCCUAUCUCUCACCUCCCAUAUCUCCAGAACUCCUCAAAAUAUGCUAUCACGGCCGUGUGCAACUCCUCCAUUGAAAGCGGUAACAAGGCUGUUGAGUCAAUGUGCGACUUCAAUACCGUCGAUCUAGUCGUUUGCGUCGUCAUCGUUUUCUCUCACUACAAGCUCGUUAAGCCUGCCAAUGAGCGAGGUAAGGGCGUCUAUGUUGAGUGGCCUCUCUGCACGACAACUGAGGAGUCGAAAGCACUUACCCAAUUGGCCAAGGAGGAGGGGAUCAAAACCAUAACUGGCUUUCAAUCUCGCGUUGGCCAUGUCCACUCCACAUUGCACGAUUUGCUCGACGGUGGGAGGAUUGGUCGAGUUCUAGCAACGCACAUUAUUGGCAGUUCUACCACCGCCAAGACGGGUAAUCGUCUGGACCAACGCUAA